ACAUUUUUGCCACCUGUUCCCGCAGCUGACAUGCAUCGAUGCAUUCGACGAUCACUGAAUCAAGAGCUCUGUUGUACAAUUAUUCGGUCUGUAUCCCAGCAUGGGCCCGGAAGUUGUUUGGGAUUCCCAGGUAAAAAAAAAAAAAAAAAAAAAAAAAAAAAAAAAAAAAAUCCCGGAGAUGCUGUCGUCGCCUGGGAAAACAAACAGCUAUCCAGACAAUUAAAAAAGAAAACACCAGUCGGUCACCAGGUAGGGAAGAGGCUUGUGGACUUCGCCGCAGCGCUUUGGCAUCUGGUGAGAGAAUGAAUGCUGAUGACUGCAAUGGACGCUCAUUUGCACAAGGUAAUGAUGGAGAGUCAUCAACAGAACAGGAUUUUUACGGUGGAUUGCAGGGCCCUGCUGUGAGAUCACCAAACAGUCAGCAGUCCUCACCACACCGCUCUGUUAGUGCCAACUCCAUCAAGGUUGAGCUGUGCAGCGAUGAUGAGUCACCGGGCGCUCCUCAAGCAGAGAACAGAGAGGCUGUGAGGGACGAGAGCAGAAGGGAUGACAGAGGGGACCCCAUGGAAGAAGGGGUCACAGAGUACGCUGGAGGAGAAAGAGGGAGUUUGUACAAUGAGAUGGUCAGUCCAAACCCUGCUUCACCUGGACCCAUCCGGCUGCCCAAUGGGAAGCUCCAGUGUGAGGUCUGCGGGAUGAUCUGCAUCGGCCCCAAUGUUCUGAUGGUGCACAAGCGAAGCCACACAGGUGAGAGGCCAUUCCAGUGUAACCAGUGUGGAGCUUCCUUCACGCAGAAGGGGAACUUGUUGCGCCACAUCAAACUACAUUCAGGAGAGAAGCCUUUCAAAUGUCCCAUGUGCAACUACGCUUGUCGACGGAGGGAUGCCCUUGCUGGACAUCUACGCACACAUACAGUGUCUUCUCCAACGGUGGGAAAACCUUUCAAGUGCACCUACUGCAGUCGAAGCUACAAACAACAGAGCACACUGGAGGAACAUCUGGAGCGCUGCCACAGCUAUCUGACAAGUCUGGACCACCAGGCAGCUCUCAAAACACAGACAGCACAUGGCGAAGAGUCAGUAAAAAUGGAGGCAAGCACUAAACGAGAGCCCCAGCCUCGAAAUGACAAAAUCCAGUUUGUUGACAGACUGGCUCUAAGCCUCACCAAACGCAAGAGGUCAACACCACAGAAGUUUUUAGGUGAGAAGCACAUGCACCUUGAUCUACCUGAAGCACCUUAUGAAUUGUCCUCUGGCUCUGAGAAGGACGGGGACCUCAUGAGCUCUCAGCCUGCUGGAGACCCUGCUGGUCUGGCUGGAUCCCAUCACCGAGGUGAGAGAGUUAAAGGGGAGAACCAUGAACCACCUGCACUGUCUCACCUCCAUCCUGCCUUCCUGUCGGAGUUCCGCACAGUUAUGGGCUCCAUCAACACCAACCAGCCUUCCCAAGGCUCCCGAGUGCACAUUGGAGGAGGAUCAGCAGCAAUGAUGCCUCUUGGCGUGGCUAGUGAAGGCCGCGAUGACCAACCCUCAGCCCACAGCCACACCACCUCUCCCAACGGCUGCCCCGACUCUACAGACACAGAGAGCACAGCAGAAGAGCAGAGCACAAGGGCUUCUGCCCCGACAAGUACCUCCAACAACCACCACCUUAACCACUACCAAACCCCAGCACUGCCACGCAACCAUUCCAACUCCAGCCCCAGCCGGGCCAAAGACUUGGAACCUGAGUGGGAGAAGGCAUGUCCUGUGCCCACUGCCAUGGGAAAGAGAAUCUCCAGCUCCCUCCUUUCUUCCCGGGAGGUCACGCAGGUGUUAGACAGGGACGGCCGGCCUGUGCGCCACUUCCACUGUCGCCACUGUCGCAUCCUCUUCCUGGACCAUGUCAUGUUCACCAUCCACAUGGGCUGCCAUGGCUUUCGCCAACCAUUCGAGUGCAACAUCUGCGGCCACCGCAGCCAGGACCGCUAUGAGUUCUCAUCUCACAUCAGCCGUGGGGAGCAUCAGGUUGGCUGAGGGGAAGGGUCAAAGGUCAGGUGAGAUAAGGUUGACUGCUUCUCUUUAAUGGGCUCAUGUUUGUUCUGCACCAGGUCAGUUGCUUUAAAUCCUUCCUUUAAGAACAAAUGGUUUUAUUUUUAAAUAUUUAUUAAACUAAAGCAGACGAAAGAUAUAAGCCUUUCACUGCAACAUUUAAAAUAAAUUAACUGAUGAAUUGAAAUAACAUCCUAUUACCGAUUGCACUCCCUUAACUAAUCAUCCAGCAAAACCACCAAUUUUGCUUCAAAAGUGCCUUCUUUGAGGAUUUCCUCUUAACUUUGAAAAAAAUGGAGGGGGGGACUGGUGCUCAAAAAUGUUAACUAGCCAUCUUUUGCUAAGCGAUUUAGUUAUUACUUAUGAGAAGGGAGUUAAGAAAAGCAUCUGACAUAUGGAAUGUUUAGUCUGCACUAAGAGCUUUGUUUUUCGUGAUUGAAGAAGGUAUUUUGUAUAGUGUGUCAGGUAGAUUUAAUAUGCACUGAGAGCUUCGUGCCUCUGGGUUUGGGUGGGGCUUUUGUCACAGACAAAGCACAGAAACGGAUUGCCUUAACUCCUACAGUAGCAUGCUGCUGUAGGAAAACAUUGUUUACAGCCUGGUGGGGCAGUGUGUGAAGAGAUAAUAUUUGCAGCUGCACAGAGAGACAGAACAUAGCAGCAUUUUGAGGGGAAGAAACUUGAAAACAAUCGCUUGAGGUUAAAAUGGCUAGGGAUUAAAGUAAGGGUUCUGGAUUUCAAAGCGAGCCUUCGAAAAACUGGUGCAGAUCAGACCCUGAGCCAAGUAGUGUACAGUAAGAGCUGACCUUUAUGGCCCAGGGUGCUUUACCUAUGUGGGAUUGAACUUUUUAGGUUCCCUGCUUAUAUAUGAACAUCUUUGCAGAAGCACUUGAUGGCUUUACUAUUUUCUUCCCUGUAAUUGUUCUACUGCACUGAUAAAUUGCGUAAUAUUCACAAUAGUUUAUCCUUCAAUUUGCGACACCAGUGAAAUUUUAAUGGAGCCGGCCUUCUACAAAAUCCCACAGCUUUGCACUGGUUCUGUAGUCUACACUCAAAUGUGCUGCAAUGUUAUUAUUUUGUGGUUUUGUGCUCAGCACUUGAUGCUGAGAUUUUAAUCAAGCUGCAUUACGUAAGUGAUUUAACAAAAUGAUUAUUUAAACUAGAUCAGCAAAUCAGUUGGGAUCUGUUAAGUUAUCACUUGUGGUUAUCUAUUUAGUGUUGUUUGUUUCAGCCUUGGUGUAUUUAAUCAGCUAUAUUCCAAAUCUUAUCCAGCAUAUUCCUCAAGUCCAUAAAAUGUUACCUCCUGCUUCUUUAUAGCACCCAAAAACCUUAUUGCUACCGUACGAUGAGUUAUCAGAUAAUGUUAAUAUUGGGAACACGAAUGAGACCAAACUCAGUAUUCUUACUUGUUCUUGUGGGUUUGCUGCUUCAUAGUUUUUAUUAUUUUUCUUUAAUUGCAGGCAAAAAUAUACUUGAACUGUUUGAGAAAAAAGUUAUCUAAAAAUGCACUUGGUUUGAUAAGUAGAGACGUGUGUGUGAAUGGAAUAUAGCAUGUGUGCUUGUCAUUUUCUGCUUUUCCCUGAAUUGUGAAUUAUUUUUGAAAUGUGAAGUAAUUUCAACAAGUGGAAACGAGGCAUGGGUUUUUGUCUCCUUGUGUGGACUUUUCAAUGUCUCAAUGAUAUUUUUGUGAAUGAUGUAACAUGACAAAACACUUUACCUCAAAGUUAAAGAUGUUAAACUGCCUCAUUACUGUAUUUCAAAAAAGUCACGUUGCUUUCCAAGAUGUUAUUGCAGUUAGAAUUGCGUGCCCCUCGAUAUUCUCAAAACUUUUUACUGUCAAUAAAGUUCAAUUUAUUGUAAAAGUGU